AUGGCGCUCGCUGCGCAGCAUUUGUGCACCGCCGCCGUCAGUGUCAGCCAGUUUGCCGUGGCAUACGGAGCUCCAUCGCAGUCUUUAACACUGCUAGCAUGCCGCGACAGCGUGGACGUGAACCAAGAGGAGACGGCGGUGGACCCGUGCGAGUCCCUGGAGUGCGGGCCGUGGUCGCGCUGCCAGGUGUCUGGGGGCGCCGCGACGUGCCGAUGCCUCUCCUGCCCACCGCCGCCAGCUCAGGGCUCCGGGUCGGGGUCGGGGUCCCACGUCUGCGGCUCCGACGGCAGGGACUACGGCUCGGAGUGCGAGCUGCACGCCGCCGCCUGCAGUCUCGGCGACACACAGCUGGCGGUGCGCCACCAUGGAAAGUGCGACGUCUGCCAGGGACACAAGUGUCCCGUGCAUUCCACGUGCUAUCCAGACGACCAAGGAAUGCCUCAGUGUCGCUGUCUCGAUACCUGUCGCGAUGCAGUCAAAUCGCCUGUCUGUGGGUCUGACGGCACAACGUAUGAAUCGGCCUGUCGCCUGAGGAUGACGUCUUGCGAGAAACAGAUGAUAAUCGUCGUCACCUACAAGGGUCCCUGUGACCCUUGCAGAGGCGUGGUGUGCGCGGAGCCCGGCGCCGUGUGCAGGGCAGGAGUUUGCGCCUGCCGGAACGACUGCCCGCGCGACGCCCCUGCCGAGCGGGUUUGCGGCAGCGACGGGCGCACGUACCGCAGCGAGUGCCGCCUGCACCUAGCGUCGUGCCGCAGACCGCGUGGCCGCUCCCCCAUCACCGUGGCCUUCUACGGCGACUGCAGGGCGGCCGACGAAGAGACGGCCGUGGUGGCGCUAACGUCUACGACGGCGUCCUCGGUGUCGCCGACGCCGCUGUCCACCGUGCCUGGAGACUACGACACGGACGGCGUGCAGAAGGUGUCCAAGUCCACGCGGCACCUGGCGCUGGCAGAGGCAGUGGCGGGGGCGGCGGGGGCGGUCAGCCACCAGCAGUACCUGCUGCCGGACACCGGGGCCGGCCUCACGUCGGCGUCGCUCUACCGGGGGCUCUCCGACCAUCCGGACACUGAGUCGCUGUACUCGGCGGUGUACCGGCCGACGCCUGCGACGCUGUCGUCGUUGCUGGGCGGCGCCUGCUCCACGGACGGCGACUGUUCGGUGGCCGGCAGCCGCUGCCAGGAAAACACCUGCCGCUGCCGCCCGGACCGCACCCCUUCACACGAUCGCCGACACUGUCUGGUUUAUCAAGUCCCGUCAUUUGAUGGGCAGGCUUAUAUCGAGAUGAAGCGCCUCAAAGCACACAACAAACUGAAUAUUGAAAUAGAAUUCAUCACGUACGCGAACGACGGACUUCUGCUCUACAAUCAGCAGAAAGAGGAUGGGACAGGAGACUUCGUCUCCCUGGCUAUUGUUCAAGGCCACGUGGAGUUCAGGUACAACCUGGGCAAUGGCGCGGUGAGGCUGACGUCAGCAGAGCGCGUCGCGCUGGGCAGGGUGCACGUGGCGAGGGCGCGCCGCUACCACCGCGACGGGCUGCUGCGGCUGGACGACGGAGCCGAGGUGGUGGGCCAGAGCCAGGGGCCGCUGCGCGCGCUCAACCUGGAGCUCAGCGCCUACCUGGGCGCCGUGCCCGCCAACCACUCCAGGGUGUUUGAGAACGUGGGCACGGCCCGCGGGCUGGUGGGCUGCGUGCGGCGGCUGCGGCUGGGCCAGCAGACGGUGGGGCUGGAGGAGGGCGGCGCGCUGGUGCUGCGCUCUAGCGGCGUGCGCCAGUGCGGCCGCAGCCCGUGCGCCCACCUGCCCUGCCAGAACGCCGCCACCUGCACCCCCACCGGCGACGACACCUUCCACUGCGACUGCCCGCCGCAGUUCACAGGUCCGUACUGUGAGAGCAAAACCAACUCAUGUGCUUGGAGCCCCUGUGUGGCUGGAUCAUGGUGCGAAGUAUCACCUGAAGGAGGUUUUACAUGCAACUGUGGACCGACAAGCAUCAAACUUCCCUGCCACGACUUUGAUGCCGAAAAUCAGGAAGCAUUUGUGCCAGAAUUUGAUGGGAACUCGUUCAUAGAGCUUCCUAGGCUGGAAGGUGUCGGCAAGGCUUUUGCUAUGGAACUGUGGUUUCUGACAAGAGCGGUGGAUGGUGUUCUGUUCUACAGCGGGCAAAGACUGGAUGGAAAGGGCGAUUAUAUAGCCCUAGUUCUGGUCAGUGGCUACGUGCAGUUCCACUUCGAACUUGGCAGUGGUCCAGGAAAAACAGUUACUACAAACGGAAUAACUCCGAAUCAGUGGCACUCGGUGAAGGUCAGCUACAUGGACCGAGAGGGCACACUGCAGCUGGAUGACGGCCCCACCGCCACGGGCAUGUCUGGAGCGCCAUUAAACGAGCUCAAUCUGGAUCUCCCACUGUAUAUAGGAGGCCUGCCGGCCACAAUGUACACAGGCGUGAUCCCACUGCCCAACCUGGUGGGCGCGGUGCAGCGGCUGGUGGUGAACGGGCAGAUCCUGGAGAACCUGGGCGAGGGCGUGGCCGCCGUGUCCAGGUGGGCGGGGCCCCCCUGCACGGCCCACACGUGUCUGCACGGCGGCGCCUGCCAGCCCCGGCUCAACUCCUUCCUCUGCCGCUGCCCGGCGCGCUUCCGGGGACCGCGCUGCCAGUACGUCGAUACUGAAGGAGCUACUGACUCGACGCCAGUAAAGUUCACUGGCAACACUUACGUGAAAUUGUCACUCGCUGCAGAUACAAGUCUUAAUGGCUCUAUGAAGCACAUAGUAAACGAGACAUUCGUGUAUAGUGAUAAUCAAGGAGGAAAUGAAAGAAACCUUGAUAUAUCUGGCAAUGACAUUUACGAACAUAGCGAUUACGAUGAAGAAGACAAGGAUGACGAUGAGAGUGAUAUAGGUGGCAAUCACUUCAUAGAAGGAGACACCUCAUUUUCUCCUGAGAAACAGGCGGACUUCGAGAAUCUGGCAUAUCAUACUUUGCCAGUUGGAGAAAUAAAUGGGAGAGUUUUUCACUAUGAGGUCACAUUCCACACACUGGAAGCUAGCGGCCUACUCUUAUGGAAUGACAGAAAGACUAGGCACAGAAAUAAUUAUGUGGCUCUUGCAAUUUCUGAUGGGUAUUUGGAACUUAGGUACAGACUUGGUAAAACCAAAUAUUCAGCUUCACUUCAGUCGAAGGUUUAUGUAAGUGAUGGGAGAAUACAUACGGUAGUGGCAGAAAUUCACUGGAAAUACAGUUUUCUCCAAGUGGAUGAUGAACAUCCGAAACAAAAAUUCACUAAAGGCAAUAAUAUCAGACGAUCCUUGGUGCAGGAUAUAUGGAUAGGUGGAAUGGAAAGCUUACCAUCAGGACUACCAAUGGCAUACUACUCAGGAUUCUUAGGCUGCAUGCACAGGCUCGUUGCACAAAAAGAACUGAUAGAUCUACAAAGUGGAGAGGCAAGCAAUAUUACACUUUCACAAUGUAAUGAGAAUGAAGUGUAACCGGUACUUUAUGUCGUGUUAGUUUGAAAGCGAGGAUCAUGUUGAUGGGAAAUCAUGCCAACCAUGCACACACACAACCUCGAUUCCUCUGUAUUUACGUAUGACAAACAUAUCUGACCUAUGUGUCAUGGGAUCACUGUACCGAAUAGUGAUAACUUAGUAACUAUUUGUAAUGUAAAUGGUGCUAUAUAAAAAUACAUUGCGACUGCUCGGUUGGGUACAUAACAGUAAAAUACCGCGCGAAAUGAAAAACAUAUUUCUAUUAUAUAGUUUGCAGAAGUUAUACUGUGGCUAAAUCAGACAUUAAAUUCUGUCUACAUUGGUGUACACAUUGUAUAGUGCAAAUGGAGAAUCAUGAAAUUGAUAUCAUGGCCUGCAUACUAAGUGUAAAAUGUGGCACAGCAGCACAGGACAUUCAGAGUUUAUAAAGGAGAUUACUGAACGCGCUUCUCGGACGGUUUGACAACCUUGCAUACAAAUUCUGUAAGAAUUAAAAUAAUUAUUUUUGCUGUGUGUUAUCGAUACACAGAACAAAAAUGUGCAUCACUACACCCCUGUAGGUAUAUGUAUCAAAAAUUAUUAUGUACUGAAUUAUUAUCACAUGAAAGAAUUAUUAAAAGAACCAGUAGUUAUUAUCAAUAUUCACACAAUGGUUACGCAUAUUCAGUAUUAAAUUAUUUUUAAGUUGUAGGGACACAGUGUACUACAGAAAGUCGUGAACAGGACAACAUUGUUCAUCAUAUUAGCAUCUAUUUUGUUUGAGAUAUUAAACUAUUUAAUGCAAUCAUCAAAAAGUCUCCCAUAAAGAAAUACAGAGAAAUGUAAAAAACGUAACAGUCCCCGAAACUACAGUUUGUUUUGUGUUGCCGUUGACGAUGUUCAAAGACUAAUUUUCUUCAGUCAGUAAUCAAUUUGCUAAACUUAUGCACGACCACUACACGCUGUAAUUUAUUGUGUAGCUUGUACGCAUCUCAUGUCUAUGAAACCAAAGCGCUUCAUACAAUAUGCUCAAAGUGUCUCUAUCCUGUUUGCUUUACUAUACUUUUAUUUAUAUGAACAACUGACUUUAUUGCGUGUUUCUAUGAAGAAAUGAAAACCCUAAUAUUGCAGGUGUCACAUACUGCCAAGUUUUCUACUAAGCGACCUACUUUCUCCAGAAAUAAUCAGUAUUACACGAAAUUUUGUACAAAAUCUUCAGAUUUUUGUAUGUGAUUCUAAACAA